UCUGAAGGAUUUCCUUUUAGUUUGCCGUGUGUACAUCGUUUGAUGAGUACAAAAUUUGUAAUAGACAUAUGAAAUAAAUUUAGUAUUAGUGUAACAUCAAAUCAUUUCCCGUCACACAACUAGGCGACACCCGCUCUUGGUUUGAAGACUCGCUUUGUUCGUUUUUUGGCCAGGAGGAAGUUUUGCUAUCUGAAUGCAGAUGGAGAUGUGUAUCUUCAGUUGUGUGACUCGUUUCCUGUUCUUUAUUUACGGAACUUUGGGUCCGGCGUAUCACACCUACAAGACCCUCAACACCGGGGAUGAUGCGUUCCUGGCCUGGGCCAAGUACUGGAUAGUCUACGCUUUCCUCAUCACCAUCGAAGUCCUGGCGGAUACUUUCUUCUCGUGGCUGCCGCUCUAUACGCCCACCAAGCUGCUCCUGGUUCUGUGGAUUGUCCUUUCCGCUCCGGCAGCCAAUGUCUGGAUGUUUGACGCAAUCCUUCGCCCGGUGCUAUCUACGCGACAGGACCAAAUUGAUAACUUCCUGAACCGCGGAAAGGAUAAGAUCCUGGGAGACAUCGUCCAUUUGAUGACAUUACUGGUGAUGCGCGGUCGAGGCGUUGUGGUGCCAUUCAUCGCCCAGAUGUGGAAUAGGGGGAGCACAAUGAAGUCCACGGAAGAUGAUCUGGCCGCAACAAAUGGGGAGGAUAACGAAUCGCAUGAGGGAUCAGAGGAAACAUCGGCCAAAAAUCUAUCCAUCUGUUCCAGUCCCUUGGUCAGCUCGACUUUCGCCAAUGAUGACAGUGAUGUCUUCCAGCUUUCCGUCUCUAAGGCCUCCACACAUCUCCACCACCAAUCUAGCCUCUCGCUCCACGACCUGCCGAGGAAAAAACUCGUUCGUCCCAUACCCUGUCAGUCGCCAAUGCAGCGCAGAGUCUCGCGCAAAGUGGGCAAGAGGCUCACAGAAGAAGCCCACCAUCCCUCAGGAUCAAACCUCGCCCUUCCGAAAGAGGAGCUCUUCGACGAUGUUGAGGAUCUGCUGGCCAAAUCCCAGAACGAGACUCCCAGCCAGGAUGUUCAUGUACAGCAUCAGCACUUCCAUCGCCGGCGCUUGACAGCUCCAUAAU